UUCCAUAGGUCAACUUGUUGGCAGCCAGGAGACAGAGAGACCUCAUCAUACUCUGUCAGUGAAGACUGCUUAUAUCUGAAUGUCUUUGUUCCAGUCACCACAGUCAAAAACAUGUCAGUGUUGCUGUUCUUCCACAAUGGAGGGAGUGGUAAUGCUGAGGCAGGAAAGACCAUCAUAGACGGCUCAUACCUCGCUGCAAUCAGUAACACAAUUGUUGUAACAGCAAACUACAGGGUUGGUGUUUUUGGCUUCCUUAGUGUUGGCUCUUCUGAGGCAAGUGGAAAUGCAGGCCUUUUGGAUCAGCUGGCAGCUCUGAAGUGGGUGCAGCAGAACAUUGGUAGCUUUGGCGGAGAUCCGAGCCGGGUGUCUGUAGGAGCUGAUCGUGGUGGUGCAGACAUUGCUAGCAUUCACCUGCUGACAGAGGCAAUCAAUAUGGGUCUCUUCAGGAGUGUGUUACUGAUGGGAGGUUCAGCUUUUUCUCCAGCAUCCAUCAUCACAAAGAGGAGAGCUCAAGCCCAAGCAGCAGUCCUGGCUGAUGAUGUCGGAUGCCCCUCAUCGACCAGUGAGGAAAUUGUAGCCUGCCUCCGCCAGUUGCCUGCUCGUGUCCUCAACGAUGCACAGACUAAGCUCCUAGCGAUAAGUGGCCCAUUCCAGUACUGGGGUCCAGUGGUAGAUGAAGUUUACCUUCAGGAACCUUUAGCUAAAGCCCUGCAGCGCCCUCGACUUCAGAAAGUAGAUCUGCUCAUUGGAAGUGCUCAGCAAGAUGGACUGAUCAGCAGAGCUAAGGCAAUUAAGUUUCUUCACGAGAUUUCAUCUUCACCAUCAGUUCUGAUAUCCACAGCACCUCAUGAUUCCACAAAGGAUCUUUUCUACUUAAUGGAUGACAGUCAGAUACGAAGCGACCCAAACUCCUCUAUCCCUUACCAGCAGUACUGGGUCUUCAGGCAGAAGUACUCAGUGGAAGAAGCUAAGCUUUGGUGUCUCACACGCUGUGCACAGGAAGAUGAGUUUUGUCAAAUGGCAGAUCUACAAAAUACUGCAGACACAUACUUCACAUGUACCCUGUAUCCAGAGGCACAGAUUUGUGAUAGUAACACUGAACAAAUACUGGAAAACUGUCGUACUGAACUCCCCUGGCAGCCACAGGCAUUGUACCGUAAAAUAGUCACUCUGAGAAGUACUGUGAAGAGCUUCUACACACGUGUACCAUUCCGGAAAGCAGAAGGAAUCUCAGUGAGAAAUGUGACUGACAUGAGCAGAAAAGCAGUUUCAGAUGGCUUUUUUGAGUGUGAGCGUUGGUGUGAUGCUGACCCCUGUUGCACAGGAUUUGGAUUUUUAAAUGUCACUCAGCUGUCAGGAGGAAAAAUCAUGUGCCUGACUCUGAACAGCCUAGGAAUUCAGACAUGUGCUGAGGAAUCAAGAAGUGCUUGGCAAAUUUCAAAUUGUAGUUUGCCAGGCACUGAAGUCAGAAUACAUCCAUUUGGCUGGUAUCAGAAGCCUGCUGAUUUGAUGAACACUGUGCCUAACCUGUGUCCAACCGUUAGUUUGCCUUUCAGGCCAGAAAGUGAGUAUUUGGAUACAUGGCAACCCUUAAAUGUGUCCUCUGUUCUUGUGGAUUCAACCAUCUCAAACUUUGAAGCUGUUCAUGUUAGCAGGGAAAUAUCCAACGGCUUUGCUACUGCCAAAGACUAUUGUCUUUCUGCGUGUUCAAGGAACCAGACGUGUGCAGUAGUUACACUGGAAAUCCGGGCUUCAGCAAUAAGGUGCCUUUUUUACCCCGAUACACAGAUAUGCUCACAUGGUCUAGAAGGGCACAGCUGUCAGCUUCUACUCAAAGAGCCAGCUACAUACAUCUACAGGAAACAAGAUUUAGUACUGCCUAUUUCUGAAUCAGAUUUAGCCCCAUCUGUGUACAUUCCAUCCCAUGGUGAUUUGAUCGGCAAACCCCAGGCAGUACGGAUCGGCACGGAGUGGAAAAAUAUCAGCCAGUUCCUUGGGAUUCCCUAUGCUGCACCUCCUCUUGCAGAGAGGCGAUUUAAUCCUCCAGAACCGUUUGCCUGGGAGAAAACCUGGAAUGCUACUGUGGCUCGGUAA